AUGCGUGAAUUCUACCAGUGCGACUUCGAUAUCGCUGGUACCUUCGACGCUAUGGUGCCCGAUGCCGAGAUCCUGCGCAUCAUCUGCGAGGUCUUUGAGGAGUUGGGAUGGAAUGGCCGGUACACUAUCAAGCUUAAUCACCGUAAGAUCCUGGAUGGUGUCUUCGCCGUCUGUGGUGUGCCAGAGGACAAGAUCCGCCCUAUCUCUAGUGCCGUUGACAAGUUGGACAAGAUGCCUUGGGCGGAUGUGCGCAAGGAGAUGGUCGACGAUAAGGGUCUUGAUGGCGAGGUUGCGGAUCGCAUUGAGAAGUACGUUAUGAACAAGGGCUCCCGUGAGCUGCUUGAAUCUCUCUUGAAGGAUGAGGCACUCAACACCAAUGCCUCCGCCAAGGCCGGUCUUGAGGACAUGGCUUUGAUGAUGGACUACUUGGAGGCAUUCGGUGUGCUGGACAAGAUCUCCUUUGACAUGUCUCUUGCUCGUGGUCUUGACUACUACACCGGUGUCAUUUACGAGGUUGUCACGGAGGGCUCUGCUGGUGUGCAGGUCGCAGUUGCUGAGAAUCAAAAGCCUUCUGGUAAGAAGGACAAGGGCAAGCCCUCUGAGGAUGACGAUCGUUCCAACGAUCCCACCCUCGGUGUUGGUAGUGUCGCCGCUGGUGGUCGCUACGACAACCUGGUCAGCAUGUUCCUGCCCAAGGCCCAGAUCCCCUGUGUCGGAAUUUCUUUCGGUGUCGACCGUAUCUUCUCCAUCACUAAGGCGCGUCUUGAGCGCGAGCAGAAGAGCACCGCUCUCCGCAGCAGCGAAGUUGAUGCUUAUGUUAUGGCCUUUGGUGGUAAGGGUUUCACCGGCAUGUUGAAGGAGCGCAUGGACGUUUGCCAGAAGCUGUGGAACGCCGGUAUCAAGGCCGAGUUCUCCUACAAGCUGAAGCCCAAGCUUCCCCAGCAAUUCAAGGCUGCCGAGCAGGGUGCCAUUCCCUUCGGUAUCAUUCUUGGCGAAGAAGAGCUUGCCGCUGGCAAAUGCCGUAUCAAGGAGAUGGGUCUUCCCGACGGACACCCUGAGAAGGAAGGUGUUGAGGUCACACUCGAGACCUUGGUUACUGAACUGCAGGCCCGUCUCGCUAAGAAGCAGGACGGAGUUGUUACCUCUCUGGCGCAGCAGCUGCAGGGUACAACUGUCUAA